AUGAAUCUUGCAGAUCUCAUCGAGGAGGGCAACCCCCGCGAGUGCUUUGAGCUUCUCUCUCCGAUAGGAAGCGGCUCCUAUGGCGCUGUUUGGCAGGCAUUUUCCGUCUUGACAUCUGAAAUAGUGGCUGUGAAGCGGAUACCCCUUGAGUCGGACACUAGUGCCCUAAUCCUCGAAAUCCAGUUGAUGAAGAAGCUCAAUCAUCCAAAUAUCGUCAAGUACUUGGGGUCUUUUGUAGACAAGGUUGACGACGAGCUUUGGAUAAUACUAGAGUUUUGCAGUGCAGGGGCCAUCUCUGAUCUCAUGCGCGGCUGCCACAAGACAUUGACCGAGGAGCAGUGCAGCUACACACUUGCAAGUACACUCCUCGGGCUUCGCUACCUUCACAAGCAACAUGUUAUCCACAGGGACAUAAAGGCCAACAACCUGCUCAUUUCGGAGGAUGCUAGUGUCCGCAUAGCUGACUUUGGCGUUUCUGCUGAGAUGCAGAAUAGCUUUGCCCAGCGCAAUUCGACGAUUGGAACCCCCUAUUGGCUCAGCCCCCAGCAGAUAAAGGGAGAGCCUUAUGGAUUUAAGGCAGACGUGUGGGCUUUGGGUAUUACAGCAAUAGAGCUCACAGAGGGCAAGCCGCCGCACUCCGAAUUGACGAGCAUGCGGGCGAUGAUCGUUAUUCCACGACAGCCGCCUAUGAAGCUUAAGGGCCGUACUAACCCCUUUACUAAGCAGCCACAUAGCGACGUCUUUGCUGACUUCGUUGAUCGUUGCUUGCAGCAUGCAGAGGAAGAUAGGGCGACGGUAGAAGAGCUUUUGCAGCAUGAAUUCAUUACUAUGCACUGCAAGAUUGAAAACGACAGGAUAGUCAGUAAGUCAACUCUUCCCACGCUGAUAGCAGAACGCUAUAAGUGCUCCCUUGUGGAUGUAGUUGUAGAUGGCGACGAUGCCCAGGGGGAGACAGACUACGAUGAGUGUGGUACUAUCGUCAUGGCACCUCCAGAGCAACAUCUUCCUAAUCCAAAUUUCGGUACGAUGGUUUACGAAGAUGGGACUGUCAUAAUGCAUGGCAAGGUUCUUAGGCAGGGGGAAAGCAGCGAUGUUCCCGUCGGGACUAUCGUCAGGAGCGGAUCCACCGACACUCCCAUAGGAGACGGGGAGAUACUUAUCAGCGCCGACGAGAAUGGAGAGUAUGGGACUGUGACCAUUGUCAGAGGAAAUUCGUUAUCUAACGAUGCUGCCAACACUCACUCCACGGAGCUCAACAUAAGUGCACAGAUCUCCGUGGAUCCCGUCAACACACUCAAGCAGGAAGAUUGUGUGGAGGAUCUUGACGGGCCUAGCGCAUCACCUCCAACCAAGACCAAGGAGCCACGCGGAAAACCUGCAAAGGGGCCGAAAGGGUCCAAAGGUACGUUAUCCAGACGCCAAAAAAUUCUGGCUGCAGCAGCACAAGAGUACGAGCAGGCCAGUCAGAUAGCUCAAGAUAUGACUCGCGAGCAGCUUUUGGUGGAAAAGAUGACCGAAAAGAAUCCUGCACGUUUGCGAGUAAUCAAGAAGGCCUUGCUUCUCACCGCUGUCAGGUCCAAGUAA